UAUUUGAUACAUCGGACAUUUUGGAAAAAAUCACUGUUGUUCAACGUUUUGUGAAAUAAUCUGGCGUUUUCGAGCACUAUAUAUACAAUAAAUAUGUACUUGGAUAUCUGAUACUUACAAAGGCAGAUUUGCGACUGUACUUUGGAGCUUUAAGAUGGAUGAGUUUAACAAAGAGCUGUUUCCAGAUGGACCCUUUGACUUCUCUAGCGACUCGGAUGAUGGAACUGGAAAAUUGAACUUUGACUUUCCUCACCAUGAGUUGGAAUCGGCGAAAGGUGAACUCUCCACACCAGAAAAGAAUGACCUCCACAGUCACCUAGAUAGCCUAGACACAGAUUGGAUCAUAGAUAAUAUCGAAGCAACUGGCAGUUCGAUGCCACAAAAGCCACCAACAUUGGAUUGGUUAAUGGAGCCUGCUACGACAAAAUCCCAAGCUUCUGAUUGGUUGUUCCAACAUUCCCAACACCCAGCAAGUUCUAAGGAAGCUGACUUUUUGUCAGGAAAAACUGAACAACACACCUCAAAAACUAAAGAGCCUGGUUGGUUUAUUGGUAAAUCAGAGCAUCCAAUCACAAAGCUACCAAGUCCUAAUUGGAUGACAGGAACUAGUGCUGGAGUGAAUCCAAAGGAGGAUGAUUGGCUGAAGGAAGGACCAAUACAAUCGCUUCAAAAGUCAAAAGAUUCUGAUUGGCCAAAACAUAACAUCGCAAGUACAAAGACUGAAUCUGCUUGCCUACUUGAAAAGGGCGAACAGUCAUUCUCCAUGUCUAAAGUGUCUGAAUGGAAACCAGAAAGAGCCCCUCCUAAAAACUUGAAAUCUCCAGAAUCUCUGCCAAUACCAGUGAACACAUCUCCCGUGACAAAGAAAGAGCCAGAGUGGUUCAAACAAAGACCUAAACAAACUUCAAGUAUUUUCAAGUCUAAAACAUCUAGACAAAAAUCAAAAAAUCCCAUAAAUAAAACAAUAGAAGUACCCCAAGAUGCUUUCUCUAUAAGCCAUCUAGAUGAAGACACUGAUUGGUUAAAUCAGAAACAACAUCAAUCUUUCGACCAAAUGCCUCACUGGAAACCUUUAAAGAAAUCCCCUGAUUGGUUAAAAAACAGUGCAAGCCCACCCCCGAGUGCAAUCCAAAAACCUGAUUGGAUAACAAAAACAGAUUUGAAUUCUCCUCCCUUGGAUGUGAGUAAUAAACUAAAAAGGACAAAAUCUGUUCCUAAUAAACGUAAAAAAUCGCAAGAAGAUCCAGCAUGGUUAACUGAUCAUGUAGGCUCUUCAGACUUGGUGAAGAGUUCAUCUAAGAAGCCUAGAAGACGUUCUCAAUCAAAAAAGAGUACAGAAUCUCAAUCACUCACCUCACCCAUUCAACUAUCAUCAGCUGCACCAUCUGACUCUAAUAUUCAACAGAGUGAAUCAAAAUCAACAGAUAUAGCAUCAACACCUCCCAUCAAAGAGGAAGUCGAUCUGACUUUUGAUCCUAUAGAUGUAUUAAAGAAAAUGGCUGAUGACUUAUCCUCAAAUUUGUCCCCAGCCUCAGUUCCAAGGACCCCAGAUUCUAAUCUUGUAAAACAAGAAACUGAAUCAGAAGUUACUGAAAGCCCUAUUACAAAGAAAACUGUUCACCAGGAUAUUGAUAAUAACAUUAAUGAGGAUAAUGUUAAUGAUGUUUUUGAAGCAAUAUCCUCAGAUGAUGAUCUCCAUGAGAACACUAUAGAGGAUGUAGAUGAAGCCGACCAGGGAUCAAUGAACGACGACUAUACAUGUAAUGUAUGUAAGUUUACAUUGGAUACCAAACAAAACCUUGUCGAUCAUAUGAAUAUCCAUGUAGAUAUGGUUAACCUUAAGUGUCAGAUGUGCCACAAAGUAUUCAAACAAUCUUCAAUAUCACGCCAUAUGCUCACUCAUACUACCUACAAAGAAUUUGCAUGCUCCAUAUGUGGGAAAAAGUUUCGCCAAAGUGGAGGUCUUGAUCGCCAUAUGAAAUCUCACACGUGUGAACGACCUCAUAAAUGUGAAGAAUGUAACAAAACAUUUAAAUUCGCCAAUGAUCUCCUUCGUCACUCGUGCACUCAUACUGGCAUCAAACCAUAUGAGUGCAGUGAAUGCCAUAAGAAGUUUGCCCAACUUGGACAUCUCAGAAGACAUGAGAGAACUCACACAGGAGAAAAGCCAUUCAAAUGUAGUGAAUGUGACAAAACAUUUGCCCAAUCUAGUGUACUUGAAACUCAUAAACUAGUUCACACAAAACAAAUGCCCCAUACUUGUACAGAUUGUGGCCAACAUUUUAGUCGUGUCCAUCAUCUGCGUUUUCAUAUAAAAAGUGUCCAUAAUGGUGAGCGUAAUUUUCGUUGUCAGAUUUGUCCACGAUUUUUUAGUGACAAUCGUAAUUUGAAAAAUCAUCAGAAGCUCCAUGAAGGUAACAUAGGUAUAAAAUGUGAUGCAUGUGGGGGGCUUUUUAGAUUUGAACAUAAUGUAAAAACACACCAUAAAGAUUGUGUACAAUGGCUGGCAAUUCAUGGUCCAAUAGAAAAUAAUGAAGAAGACAAACCAAUAUCUCCUCGAGCCAGCAUUUUAGCAAAAAGGCGCAAAUCAAAAUUAAAGUCAGAAGGUGAUUGUGAGUCAGAAGAGGUUCUUCCCACAAAAGUAAGAAAAUGUGUCGCUCAAAAUAGCUCAAAUGAAACAAAACUUGGAGUGGUUCCAAAAGAGGAAGAAGUUGUACAUGAAAAUCGUGGCAAUAUAAAUAGCCAGACCAAGUUUGAAGAAAACACAGACGACCAAUCAACCACAUCCCUCCAUCAAUCAACUGCAGAAGAAUCAGUUAUUGAUGAGAUUGGAUUACCAAAUACUGAAAGCUCAAAAUUAGAAAAACUAGAUAGUGUGGAAGGAGAAUGCCAUGCUGAUGAACUUAAGAAUAUUGACAUCAGUGAAAACACAGAGAUCCAAAAAGUAAAUGACAUAUCCACCAUAAUUCCUACAUCGAUGAAAGAAAGAUCUGAUAGAUCUAGCAUAGACUCUUCAAAAGAACUUGAAAUAGAUGAAGGUGAACCAAACGAAGCUGCACGUAAUGAAAGUGCAAUUAUUGAAAAUGCAGCAGAUGACAUUGAGAUGGCAAAUAAAACAGCUGAAAAUAUGAACACAAUUGAAGAUAUUACAGAAGAAAUUCCAAUACAAGAAACAAUACAAGAGAAAGUGAAACGCAAAAAGAAGAAAAAGAAAAAGAAGAAAAAGAGAAAUGAUAUCGAAAUUCAUGAGGAAAAACCAAGAAUUAUCCUGAAACUCAAAAACAUAUUCAAGAAUGCAAUACUCAAGCCUGCUGAGAUAACAUCACACUCAGAUGAUGAUGGUGCUUUUGAUAAUAAUGACGAGGACAUAAUUAAUGAGUCAAGCGAUGAAAAAAAUGAUAAAUCUGAAGAAAUUCCAAGUGAAACUACAUUGAUAGUACAGGAAUCUCCCCCCAAAGAUCUCCUAAUUGAAAAUCAUUCUUCGGUCGCGCCAAAAACCAAGAAAUCGGAUUUACUGAAUCAGCAAACUCCUAUUUGCACUUGUGAUGAAUAUGAAGUGUUUGGGGAAUGUUCCUGCCUAGAAAAUCAAGACAAAGAUGAACCAAAAUCAAAAAAGAAUAGAAAAAAUGAUUUGAAAUCAAAAGUCAAGUUGCCUAAAGUUGAAUCUGUUCAAAUUAAGAAAACAGUGAAAACCAAAAAGGUUGUAAAAAAUGAAAAAUCAGUUAAUCAUAGUGAUGUUGACAAACAGCUGAAAACAGAGAAGAAAACGGUAAAAAAGUUAUUGGAGCAAAAGCGCAAAAUAACACCACCUGAGAAAAUAAAGUCUAAAAAUAACAUGAACAAAGAGAAAACUGAAGUGGUCGUUAAACAACCAACUGGAAGUGCAAUUAAGAAAGAGGAAAAGAUACCACCUAGAAAAGACUUACAAAUAUCUAUGGCUUCUGUUCAAGAGAGAUCUAGUCCUGAACCCAAACAAGUCCCUAUGCCACAAACCUCAGACAUUCCUACUGUCAUCCAGCCUGAAGUUGAAACAUCUUCAAAUAAGGAUGAACCAAAGAAAGAAACUCUAGAGAAUGUAGAUGUAAAAUCUGAAGACAAGAAAAUAGUAAAUAAAAGUGGAGAAGGUUCGAUUCCAGGACAACAAAGUAGACGUUUAAGUAGUCCCAAUAUGAAACUGCUCACCAAAGAAGAGAAGGAGAAUAAAGAAAAGCAGAUAACGCCAAGAGACAGAAAACCUAGCAGCACCAUUUUAAUAGACCCAUUUGCCAUGCCAACACCAACUAUUGAACGUAAAGAAAACAAAUUAAUGGAUGAUCCAGUGAAAAGGAAGUUCAACACUGCAAUUGUGAUCGAGCCCACUGUAAAUCCUGAGGUUAAGGAACCAAGAGAUAGAUCAAUUAGUGAGUCAUCAACUGAAGGAAAGAAGCUCCAGUCCCCUCCAAUACUGAAUGAAAGUCCAGUAUUUCCUUCAAAGAAGUCAAAUAGUCAAGCUCCCAUUGAAGGACAGAAAAAGCGUCGAAGGAUUAAUUAUGAAAAGCAUAUCAAGUAUAACCGACCUUACUUAGAGACUAAAGAAAAGUAUGAGAAAAGUAAGACUAUAGCAGAACCUACUUCCCCUACACCCCAAGUCAAACAAGGACCAAUGAUGGGAUUUGAUGCAAACUUUUUUGCUGCAAUGUAUACUAGUCGUAAACCUGGGGAAGCUAUCGAUUCAACUUCAAAGCAAUGGGCAGAGUUUGUAAAUGUUCGCCCAGAGGUUAAAAAACCUGAACGUCAUGAAAAGCGAAGAGAUCAUCACCGUAAAAGGGAACAUGAUUCACGUCAUCAUGGUCACAGACAUAGACAUCGAAGAUCAAGUGAUUCUUCACAUCAUCGACAUAAACAUAGAAGUCAUCACCGUCACAGGAGUAAAUCACAUCGAAGAUCUGGUGAAGAAAGAAAGAAACAUCAAGAAGAAGCAGAGGAAGUUGAAACUGAAGAUCCCCAGGCUGAAGAAGUAGAUGCAGCUGAAGAGAAUAUUGAAGAGAAUACUGGUGAGGAGAGCCAAGAUUAUGGUGAACCACCUGAACUUGAACCAGAAACAUAUGAGACAUCAGCUAGUUCUAGCAUAAUAUCAUCUAAACCAAGGAGAUCCAAGAAAAGAAAGCCAAAGUAUACUGAUGAUGUGGAAGAGAUUGACAACUCUGUUGAAGGGGAGGUUCAAAAUGAUGAGGACCUAACUAAUGAUGGUGAUCACAACGAAGGUGCUGACAUCCCAAUUGAAGAAACAGAUCAACAAGAGGAUGUUGAAGAAAAUGAAGCUAAACGUAGACUGAGAUCUAGAAAAGAUAUAAAAGUCCCAAAAGAUCCAUAUGAACAAUAUGUAAGUGAAGCGGCAGAAGCUUCAAAGAAUAAACCAGAUAAAAAGGAUUCAAAAGGAAAGACUAAAGCUUCCAAAACAGGAAGGACUCUUCAAGCAACAGCCUCUGUAGUUGGUCUAUACAGGAAUGAAUCUCUUGUAAAGCCUAAACCAACAGAUGAAGAAGGAAAUUCAGAAGAUGCUCCAAAGAUGUCAUUAGAAGAAGUUAAGGUUUUGAUGGAGACUCCUGAUCGCACUGACUUGCCAAAAUCAAAAUGUGCUGAAUCUCCUUAUGGUCCAUAUACCAUAAGGACUCAUCUAGUCAAACCUGUUGAUAACACUGAAAUCAAAGAAGGUGAUGGGAUGACAGUUGAUUCUGAACACCAUCAGAAAUUACGCUCUUUGGAGAGUGUGAAAUGUAAGUCUACUGAUGUGUUCCUUGGAACUAAUACUGAUGGGGCAAGUACACUGAACAUGUCUUUUUUGUCCACUCCUGCUAAGUUUAACUUCAAACGUCCAGGCCUCACGAUUAACCAGAACUCAAUUGUUGACAAGUUUGCGGAAAGAUUUAAACCUUUAUCCCCAGACAGUGAAAAUGUGAAUCAUGCGCCUGUAAAUACAUCCAAUGAUUCUAAAGAGUUAUCUGAAAAUGAGGAAAGUCAAUCUGAUGACACUAAAAUAGUUGAAACACCCGAACAGUCCUCAUUUGACAUUAAAUCCAACGAGGAUGAUAAAGAUUUAGUCCAUGAUGAGACAAAAAAUUUAAAAGUAAAGAUUGUUGAAAAUAAUCAUGAAAACCUAGUCGAAGAUGCAAAUGAAUCUGUUGAAAGUGAUUCUGGAGAAUUGGAAAUAGUUGAAACAGAUAUUGCCGAUCCACAAGAUCCAGAAACAGUGAUUAGUGAACAAAAACCUGAAGUUAGCUCUGAAAGCAAACCCCAACUAGCAAAUCAAGAAAUACAACUGGAUGUAGACAAGAUUAAAAAUCUUGAUGACAUUACGAAAAAGGUUGAUAUGGAUGUGGAUCAUAACAAAGAUGAUGAUUCUGAUGACGAAGAUGAAGCUGAUGACUCAUCUGAUGAAUAUUCGUCAACAGAUGGUGAUUACACUGGCGAAUCUGAGGACGAGUAUUCCAAUAAUUCAGAAAGUGAAAAUGAUGAAGAGGAAGAUGAGUUGAUCAUAGAUGAAACACUUUUCCCUCAUCUGAAUAAAGUAAAAAGCAAAAACUUGGAGAUUAUACAAAAAGUUAGAGAACGUUUGAAAAACAAUACCUCAAGUUCCCAGUUACCACUUACUCCACCAUCAGCCACAGAAACAGGAACUGAACAUAAUAAACCAAACAAUGGAGAGGAUUCCAACGAUGCAUCAGAAUCUACAACUCAACACGGUAAAGAGGAUGAGGCAAGCUCCAAUGAAACAACACAACCUGGAGUUCAAUGUGAUAAACAGCAAGAUGGGACAGGAUCCAAUAAAGCAAAAGAACAUGUAGCUCAAAUUGAUAAACUGAAAGAUAGGUCAGGGUCCAACGAAGCAACUGAACUAAAAACUCAACGAAAAACACAUCAACAAAAUGCAGAAAUCAAGAAGGCAAAUAUACACUCAAUAUGCAGUCAUUUAAGCGAAGUAAAGUCUCAUAAAACUUCCGAGGUUAAUUGUACGAAUCAAUAUAAGAAUGAAACCAACUCUCUAUCAAGUGACAUUCUUUCAAAAGGUACUUUUCAAAGUAAUCCUCUUUUACCUGAUAAGAAAUUGAGUAUUGAAUCGGACAAAAUAGAAAGUGAAUUAAAAACUGUUAAACAUGAUGUGGAAAUAAAAGACAAUCAAAAAUUAACAAAUCAGGAUGUGAAAACAGAAACAAGUGAGAGUGUAUGCUCUAAUAAAGGGGAAAUAAAAUCAAAUGAGGGUUCGGAUGAAACUUUGCCCAGUUCUAAGAUAUCACACCGGAGGAAAUCUGCGACACCCAUUAAACAAAGGAAAAGUACUGAUUUGAAAUCUGAAAUGCUGGAAAUUCCAUAAAUACUAUGUAUUACUAUAUGUAAUGCAUGUAGAAAUCUUGUGUCAGUGAGAAUGAGAUGAUAUACCGAUAUAUUCAUGAACUUUGAAAUUCUGUACAGUAGAACCUUUAUAUCUGGAUGCGUCUCUAAUCUGAACACCUCUCAA